UAUCCUCCAUAGCAAGAGGUAGGGCCAGACACGUGCGUAAAGCUUGGUCCACAGCACCGAGCGCACCUGCGGUUCGCUUACGUGGAGGACAGUCACUGAUUGGAUAGCGUAUAUUGCUAUGCAUUGAGUAGCAUGCCACCCAUUAUGACUUGAUUCCACCUGGGGGUGACGUGAUGACUUCAUAUCGUUUAUGGAGACGUGACCUGAUGUCAAUAACUAUCCAGGAUUGCUGGGCUUAUCCAAUAGCGAGAUGUUGCCUACGCACGAGGUAUAGAAUUAUGUGUUUAGGAUUAUGCUUAGGCCUCUAUUUGGAUCUUCUCUCAAUCCGAGUCCCAUACACCUAUUUGUCUGGGCACAUACGUUGCAGCAUACAUACAAGAGACAUAGAUGUAGAUAGACAAUCCGAAUUGUAUUCACAACGAGCGACUACUACGUACGCGAGCAAGCAAUUCACAACUUUUCACCGUGCACGGUUUCCUUCUCCUACACCACUCCAGCAGCAUCCGUCUUCUAAGCUAUAGAGCUAUCAAGCUAGACUAAUCUAGUUCUUAAGACCUCUCUUGCGAGUAGCCCUCUUCUUGUAUCCGUAGCCGUAGUCACCGUAGCCGUAGCCACCGUAUCCGGAGCUGCC